AUGAGAUAUUUAGUCCAUGCGAAUAACUAUCAACUGACCACCAGCUUCGACAGAAAGAUGCUUACUAAACGAAAUUUAACAGAUCUCAUUGGGGGGGAGCUAAUUUUAGCAAUUUAUGCUGUGAAACUAACAACCCUAGGUUUAGGAUUAGUAUGCAAGGACGAAGAAGAUCCUCAAAAUGCUAUAAAAUACUCGAUAGACGAUCUUGAAUUUUAG